AGCUAAAAAAAUCCACACUGAGACCUCUCACCUUUCUCUGCAAAUCUUUUCUUUCUUUUUAACUGUCCAUCUAUGUGUCCCUAUCACUCUAUGAUUUGUUCAUGGUGAUUUCAAUCCAUUCCUUGCACCUGUAAAAACUUUUGUUGAGUACAAGGAAAAAAAAAAAAAAAAAGAGAAGCAAGCAAGAAAGAAAAGCCUUGAAGCCUUUAAAGCUCUGCUCCCAUAUUUAAACCCCACCAUUAAUACUACUGCACUACUAAAAGCCCACCACCAUUUAUUACUCACCUUUUUUCUUCUCCUCCUUCUCACCUUCUUCUCCUUCUUCUCAUAUUUCUCUUGUUUGUCUGUGUUUUGUUACACGAUUGUCAAUAAGAAUCAUCAUCAUGUCAGGCUUCUACACACAUAACUUUUCACCUGUAAGAGCAUCUCCACAUGUAAGAAUAACCCCUGAUGUUGACAGUGGUCAAUAUUUGACAGAGCUGCUAGAGGAGCGCCAAAAGCUUGGACCUUUUAUGCAAGUCCUUCCCAUCUGUAGCCGGCUUUUGAAUCAAGAGAUAUUGAGGGUUUCUGGGAGGACCCCCAACCAGGGGUUUGGUGACUUGGACAGACUGCAAUAUGGAAGCCUAAGCCCUAUGGCUUCUUUAGACAUGAUUCCGAAUACUAUAGGAGCAGGCUUCAAUGGGUGGAAUGGACUCCAACAUGAAAGAAUUGGACCACAGGGGAUGGGUAUAGACUGGCAAGCAGCUCCAGCAAGCCCAAGUUCUUAUAUUGUGAAGAAAAUAUUGCGCUUGGAUAUUCCAGUUGAUAGCUAUCCAAAUUUCAAUUUUGUUGGACGGCUUCUAGGACCUAGGGGCAAUUCAUUAAAGCGAGUGGAAGCUUCUAUGGGCUGCCGUGUGUAUAUUAGAGGAAAAGGUUCCAUAAAGGACCCAGAGAAGGAAGAGUCUUUAAGGGGAAGACCAGGUUAUGAGCAUCUAAGUGAGCAGCUGCACAUUCUAAUUGAGGCUGAGUUACCUGCCAAUGUUAUCGAUACAAGACUGAGACAAGCACAGGAAAUCAUAGAAGAAUUGCUCAAGCCUGUGGAUGAAUCUCAGGAUAUCUACAAGAGGCAACAGCUGAGAGAACUAGCACUGCUGAAUUUGAGUUAUAGGGAGGAGAGCCCUGGUCCGAGUGGUAGCAUCUCUCCCUUCACAUCAAGCGGGAUGAAGCGUGUCAAAACUGGUCAAUAACACUUCAUAUGACCCAAUCUCCCCACUGGUUUCUCUUGAACACUUCAUAUGCUUGUCAAUUCUGUACAGCUACAAAGAAGUAUGGUUUGCUGAGUUGGAUAUGAAUUGAAACAGGUUAUUCUUUGUUAACAAAAACAUUAACAAGGGAAAGGAAUAGAAAUUCAUUUUUCAUAGUUGGUUAAUGAAAUUGUUUGCAGUUGUAAAAGUAUAAAUAGAACAGUGAUUUACAUUUGUUCUGUAAUUAAAAUCAGCAUUUUUGCUAAACUAGUCUGUAAUAUAAUGCCAAUAGUGCAACUGCAACAUCUGUUUUCUUUCUUAAGCGGUGGAAUGAAGGAAGGGUCUAGUUUAUUUUGCUUU